AUGGCGUCCUCAUCCAACUCGCCAUGUGCAGCAUGCAAGUUCCUCCGCCGGAAGUGCCUGCCAGAGUGCGUAUUCGCCCCAUAUUUCCCACCAGAUCAGCCGCAGAAAUUCGCGAACGUGCACAAAGUUUUCGGCGCCAGCAACGUCACGAAACUCCUCAAUGAGUUGCAACCCCACCAGCGGGAGGAUGCAGUGAAUUCUCUAGCUUAUGAAGCCGAUAUGCGCCUCCGUGAUCCGGUAUACGGUUGCGUUGGAGUCAUUUCCCUCCUCCAACACCAGCUCCGCCAGCUCCAGAUGGACCUCAGCUGUGCCAAAUCCGAGCUCUCCAAGUAUCAGAACCUAGGUAUAACCGGCCACGGCAUCAUAGCGGCUGCUGCUGCGGCCACUCACCACCACCAGCAGAACUUGGGAAUCAACUUGAUUGGUGGCAGUGUUGGAUCCCGGGACCACCCUUUUCACCACCAGUUCUUCCCUAGUAAUCAGCAACAAGUUAUUAGGUCAUUGGAUGGAGGAAAUGCAUAUGAUGCCAGUAGCCUUCUUGCCAUGAAUGUUUCAGCAAGUAUUGGUCAGUUGAGCCAGUUUCAGCAAUCCAAGGCUUCCGGGACAGCCGAUGGCCGGCGUACGCCCGUCGAACCCUCUUAG